CCGGUAUACGAGGGCAUUGUGGGUAAGGAGUUCCUAGCCUAUUGGGAAAAGGCGAUAAAUAAUUCUUUCCGUUUGUCCUUUAACGGAGUCAAGUGCAGUUAUCAUAUCCCAUAAUGUAGUGGUUAUGUGAGUGAAUUUAAUUUUGAAACUCCAAAAAGUGAAAUCAGCUAACAAAGAAUAUAUAUUGUUUCUCAGAUGUGCAGAACUAGUCGCCAGUCUUUAUAAACAAUGAAGGUUUAUGAAGGAAGUACACACAGUCUCUAUGGAAACGAAUCUAAGUUUUAGUUUAUUUCCUUGUCUCGGUAACCGUUUGGCAGGACUUACUUUUAAAUCAGAAUAGGUUGUUUGAUGUGCUUUUUGCUUGCCCGUUUUCUUUAAGGGCGUUGGUCUUACGGGGUACACGUCUGCUUGGUUUAAAUGUUUGUUUUGUGUAUAAUAAUAGUAGCAGCGGUUUGAUUCAAAGUGCAGAACCAGUAUGUCCUCUUUUGAGGACUUGGACGAUCUGCGAGAGCGUAACAAGCAGCUGUUGGUGAGGCUGAGAGAGCAAUGGAAAAGACUGCAGCGUUUGACGGCCGUAGCGACAGAUCCAGAUUGCCUGGGAUCCGGCGAGAUACGGCGUAGGCCGGCUGACAGAAGCCGUCACAGUAGCGCCUCUCCGGUAGGGUCAGUGGUUACUGAGAUCGGCGGGCGACAGGAUCUAGCCCGAACCGCAUUAAGCAAACCCAAGACACUUGACGAAGACCAUCCACUAGCGGCCAGCUAUAAGAAAGUCCAAGAUGUUUCAGAGAAUUCCACCCUGGGCAAAGAUAUCGUUCCUUUGAGGGCCCCCAGCCAGCGCGAGGGGGGCCCUGCGCACCACGAUCUUCUGCAGGACGAGAGAAAUAUUGAUUUUGAAAGCGAAAAGAAACCGGAAGCCAUGACAUCAGGACUCAAUUUUCAAAGCGUGGGAGGAGAGCGGCAUAAUGGCAACUCACUGGUCAGACGACCCACUGAGCCUUUGCUGGGCUAUGACUGGAUAGCAGGGCUGCUGGAUGCUGAUGGCUCAUUGGACGACCACACAGACCAGUUCUUCACAGAGCUACACAACUUCCGCCAACUUAACAAGGAGGAGUGUAUCCACAGCCCAGACACAUGGGUGGAGCGAGAUGAGAUUUCGCCCCCAUCACUACUGAUGCCUGAACUGGGGAUGGAGUGUGAGCUGGACAAGCAUACGUGUAUGUUCCGCUACAGAAUUAACAGCCGUCUCUUCCCCACACCUUCGGAUCGCCAAGCAGCAUGUCCAAUGUGCAAGAUGCCGAAAUCCCAGCACGCCCACACUGUGGCAGAACCAGCCUUCAUCAGGGUCAGUGUUCCCUGUGCUGUGCUGCUCCCAGCAUACCGGCACGGAGUUCAUCACCGGAACAGCUUCGACCCAUCCGACAGCCUAGGCCUGUCCUCACACUGUUUGUCGGGCUGCUCCAGAUCGGCUCCUGUUGCAGCUCGUCUGCCAAGCAGCUUAGAUCUGCGCAGCUGCCUAGACAGGGUGCUACCUGAACCGGAACUGAUCCUCUCAAGCUCUGUCCGAUUGGAUGAGGAGCAUCGCCGAACUGAUUUAGAUUGGCUAUGACUUCUUGGUCACUGUUCUGACUGAGGCCCUUCUGAUCUGAAUACACAAUUUGGCCUGGUCACAGAAGAUUCUUGGUGGUUCCAAGUUUUGAUGGGUAUAGAGGCCACUGUGCUCCUGGGAAAAUUAAAUGAAUCGCCAGUUUUUUAAAUACCCUUUUCCAGGUCUAAGUAUUGACAUUCCCAGGAAUCUAUAGUUUCUUGAACUACAUGCUAUAUUUUUAUUCUAUCUUAGAAGUCUUGUAAACUGUGAGACCUUAAAGGUGGAUACAGACGUUUGUGAAUCAUGUCCUACAAAGUAAAUAUAUCACAGCUGAAGUUCUGAAGUUAUUUGAAAAGUCAUCAAAAACUAGGCUGUAUCUGUGCUGUUAGUGUCAUAAUAAUGCAUCUGAAUAUCAAAAGAGA